AUGAAGAUCAAGGCUACGAAGGGCCCCAGGGGCGAGGAUUACGAGGCAGAUCCCCAGAUCGACGACGACCCAGAUCUGGUCUCGCCCGGCCCCAGGUCCUUCUCAUCCCCAGCCUCGGGGAAACGGCGGAUCCAGGAGGCGUUUGAUCUGGAAGCCCAAGAGUCGGCGCGCCGCGCGGCCGGCAAGGCCGCGGUGAAGAGGGCGCUCGCGGGCAACAUGGCGGCGGCGGGCGCGGACCCGUUUUCUCAGAUCGAUCGGGAGCCGUCCGAUACGGGGAUGCACAAGAAUGAGCCGGGCGCGGGGUGGCGGUUUCUGGUCAACAUGCUGAUCAUCUUCCCCUGGAGCAUGGUGCUGCUGCUGUCGUGGGCGGUCAACAAGUGGCAGCUGCUAUUCCGCCCCAUCGGGCAGCUCAUCUGGUGGAGUGUUGACCAGCUUGACCAGCGCGCCCCUGGCCUGGUGGAGUGGCUGCUGUGGCUGCAGGGCCUCAUCAGCCUGGCGCUCCACGUCAUCACCAUCGGCAUCAACCUCGGAGUGAUCUGGAUCAUGUGGUCCAACGGGGACCGUCUGGUGCCGAUCUGUGUGGUGACGUUCUACUCCUUUGCCCACUACGCCAUGCCGGACUGA